AGUCGAAAAAGUAUUUUAAUUUUCAAAUAUAGAAAGAGAGAGUUAAAAGUAUUAUUCCGGUCAGUGGCGGCGAAGGGAAAGUGGUUCCGUCAGCCAUUGGCACACUCUCUCGCUUUCGUUCUUGAUAACUCGCACGCUUCUCUUUCCUCACACGCCUUCUUCAUAUGACUUGUGAGUCUUCUGAGCCUGCCCUGCAUCAUCAACUCUCUCUCUUUAGAAUUUGAAAAAUUUUCAAAGCUCCACUUGUUCCUCACUUGAAACUGUAGAGCUAUAUAGAUUCAAAAUCUUGAGCUCCCAAGUUCCAAUUAUCUCCUUUGGUUCCGUAAUUGGAUUCCCCUGCACACUACAUUCUUUCUUCUCCUUGGCUCUGUAUAUAUUAUGAGUUUGGGCAAAUCCUCGCCUGCUUUCCCUGUUUGGGUUGUUCUUGAUUUGAUUGGAGUACCUGAUAUGAAAUUAGGGUAAUUCUAUUUGGGAAUUCGUUGAGGAGAGAUAUUUUUAACUUAUUUUGCUUUUAUCUUCUUUUUAAUUUAUAAAGACGAAAAUGCCGGGAGAUUCCUCAUCCGAACUUGAACCUGACGAUGAUUCAGCUUUCGUCGAGAUUGAUCCAACUGAUAGAUAUGGUCGGUAUGAUGAUGUGUUGGGAAAGGGGGCAUUCAAAACAGUCUAUAGAGCUUUUGAUGAAUUGGAAGGAAUUGAAGUAGCUUGGAAUCAAGUUAAGGUGGCCGACCUCUUGCAGAAUUCGGAGGACUUGGAACGUCUCUAUUCUGAAGUCCAUUUGCUCAAGACUCUGAAGCACAAGAGUAUAAUAAAGUUUUACAACUCAUGGGUUGACACCAAACACAAGAAUAUCAACUUCAUUACUGAGAUUUUCACUUCUGGGACAUUACGCCAGUACCGAAAGAAACACAAGUGUGUUGAUCUGAGAGCAUUGAAAAAUUGGUCGAGGCAGAUAUUGGAGGGCCUACUCUAUCUCCACUGUCAUGACCCGCCAGUUAUUCAUCGGGACUUGAAGUGUGAUAAUAUUUUUGUUAAUGGAAACCAAGGUGAGGUGAAAAUUGGUGACCUUGGAUUGGCUGCCAUUCUUUGCCAGGCUCGCUCAGCUCACAGCGUCAUUGGUAAGGGAUUUCUUAUUUUCUGGGAUUUAACUUGUGGGAACCUUGUUCUUGGAAACUAUAAUUUUGUAACUAUGAUUGUAGGGACUCCGGAGUUCAUGGCACCAGAACUUUAUGAGGAAGAAUACAAUGAGCUUGUGGAUAUCUAUGCCUUUGGAAUGUGUUUGCUGGAGUUGGUCACGUUCGAAUAUCCUUAUGCUGAAUGCAACAAUGCAGCUCAAAUAUACAAGAAAGUGACAUCAGGAAUCAAGCCUGCAUCAUUGCUGAAGGUAAAGGACCCUCGAGUAAGACAAUUUAUCGAAAAAUGUAUUGCAAAUGUUUCUGAGAGGUUGACUGCGAGAGAGCUUUUGAUGGAUCCUUUUCUGCUAUCAGAUGAGGAGAAUGAAAGUGUUGUUCAAUCUUUACCAUCAACUUCCUUUCAGUCAGUUGUGAAAGAUGAACCGCCUGAAGGAAACCGAGACUUUAUGGUGAAAAGUCAAAGAAAAGAUAUCAAUAUAAUAUUCCUAAAACUUGGCAUUGCCGAUUCUACAGGUCAUGUUCGACAAAUUCACUUUCCAUUUGAUAUUGAGUUGGAUACUGCAAUCAAUGUUGCUAGAGAAAUGGUUCAGGAGUUGGAUCUGACAGACCAAGAUGUUACAACCAUUGCCGGGAUGAUUGAUGCCGAAAUACGUGCCCAUUUCCCUGAGUGGGCACCCAAAGAAACUUCAGAAGGUAGUUUGCAUGUGGAGGUUGUAAUUCCUGAUAAUUGUGACUCAGAAAGUAAAGAUGAGCUAUCUCCAUUGACAAGGGACUCUGGUCUUUCUUUAGGUUGUUUGGUUUUGGAACAACUUCCUUCAGGACGCAAGUAUUGGUCAGAUUCCCCCAAGGGACUUGGUGGAAGCCCUCAAGUUCGGCCUUCAUUUUCUAACUUGCGUUCUCGGAUGAAUUUGAAUACCAAUGAUGAUUUGGGUGAAGAUAUUGAGGAUUCAAUGUGCAAAGACAAAAGUGACGCAGAUUAUUCAAAUGGUAUGGAUUCACCCAAACAGAAAGGAGAAAUGCCACUUUCAACUCCUGAAACUGAAUACAACAUGGAAACUGAACAACAUAAUGAAUUCUCAUCUGAUGAGAUUAUUGGAGAAAAUGGGGAAGCUGAUGUUCAUGUUGAUUCACAGUUGUCUGAUAAUCAAAAUGGGGUAAGCAGUAGUGCACGUUUACCAAUGGAGAACUGUGAAGUAUUGAUGGAAGUGGAGCCAGAAGAUGUCAAAGUUGUGGAGAAACUGGAGCACCUGUUGGUUAUGCAGCAAAAGGAGUUGGAUGAACUAAGGAGAAAGCAUGAUCUAGAAAUAUCAAAUCUCGUAAAGGAAAUGCCUCCAGAAACUCGUAACAGAAUUUUAUCUAUUUAUCAUUCGAAGGUGUCUAAUUUCAGGGUGCACAGUGAGUUGCAUGAAUUGGACAAUUCUGUAAAUGCAACCACCUCCAACAAUCUUAAUGAGCACGGCCAGGUUACUGGUAUGCCGGAAAGGUCAUAAUGCUCACAUUGUUGGAAGAGUUGGGACGCAAGAGUCUCUAUCAAAAGAUCAUGCUGGUGGAAAGGUUUCUAGAGAUAGGUCCAACAUGUUGAAGGAGAAUGCUAGAUCUUAUGAUAUUGGUGUCACUGUCAUUUUGAGAGAUGCUUCCACCUCAUAGUUCAGAAGGAGAUCUCAUGAUUUGAGUAUUGGGUAACAAAUUCUGAAUAACUUGAGCAUAAAACAUGCAGCUCCAUGAGAGACAAUCGUAAAUGUGUCCAUGAUUUAGAGAUCGUAAGUUUGCCCAGACUUGAAAGAAAUUGGUUUCCCUUUCGUAGUCUGGUUGGUUCACUUGUACAUUUAUAAAUAGGUUGUUUUCUGCAAUGUGACUGCAUUUGGUGUUUCCAUCUUCGAUGUGGUGUGUAUAUGAAAAUUAUAAUUUUUUGUUGCGUGAUAUGAUAAGGCAGGUUUAAGCCAUUGGGGAGAGGGUUGGUUAUUUGUUCCUAUGAGUUGUUUACCAUUGUACUUGAUAUCAUCAAACAUCAGAAUGAGUGAUGGAUGGUUUUCCCCUAUGAAAUAAGUUGUGAUUAUAAUAUAUAUAGUGAGAAAUUCCAAUUAUUUAAGCAAA